GCAGAAAUGAAACUACUGCGCAACACUUGUGUGGAAGAGAACCUCCGUCUCAUACAAGAAUAUUCGGCUGAAUGAAUAUUUACAUUACCUGAUACAAAAACAACAAAACUUCAAGAGGACACUCAGGACUUGAUACAGCAGCGAAAUAAUUUCUGCACUUCCUGUUUGAAAACAUGUCGGACAGUCUGGACAAGAACCCUCAAGUCAUCCUCUGUGACAUGUGUAUAGGGGAGGACAGAAAACCAGCUCGGAAGACCUGCAUGAAAUGUGAGAUUUCCAUGUGCGUGCAGCACCUCCAGGCCCACCUGACCACUCCGGUGUUACUGCAGACUCAUCCUCUGACUGCGCCUAUAGCCUCAGGGGAUGGGGGCGUAGUCGGGACCACUAAGUGCCCCCAACACGGAAAAGUCUUGGAGUACUACUGCUUGGAUGACCUAAUCUGUGUGUGUGUUUCCUGCGCCAUAGAGGACCAGCACCGCCUACACAAUAUGAAGACUUUUCCCACAGCACAAAAAGAGCUUCUAGAAAAAGUCACAGCUGAGCAGCAGUCCUUACAGCUUAAAACUUAUGGUAAAAAUGUCAGUUUGGAGAAGUGGGAGAAGAAGGAGAGGGAGAAGCUGGGUCGCUCCAGUGUUCGACUCAUUAAAGCUGUUACUAAUCUGCGUGACCUUGCACUGACCAGUGUCCAGAGUUCAGUCUCUGCUCGUAUGGUGUCUAUGAAAACUAGUUUGACCAGCUUGCAAACAGCAAAGACUGAGGAGGACACUGUCAGAUUCCUGCAGAUGUAUUCUCAGGUGCAUCAGGAUUUGGAAAAGGCCAAUGCUGUGGAUUUAAGAAAAGGGUUAGAACCUGGUGGUGACUGUGACAAAUUGGUUGAAGAGAUAAAAGAGAGAGGUGAGAAAAUGAUGGAGCAGGCCAGUCACUUCUGGGGAUCCCUGUUGACUCAUGUUGACCCAGAGAACCACCAGGAGCUUAGGGCACUCAGUGCUGACCUUUGUUUUAAACCUCAGUUUUUCAGUCCGGGGAUGUUACUCUCUGAAGAUGACAGGAAGGUCUUCAGCAGCAGCCAGCUGGGGAAAGGCAUAUUACACAUUCAGCGUACAAAGUCCUCUGAUUCCUCGAAGAUUUGCAGAUGGGGGAUCACUCUCUCCAAGGACUGUGACUGGGCUGUUGGUUUAUCCGACCAGAAUUAUACCAAAGAGUUAAAAGAUAGAGACGUCUACGGACUGUGUUGGAUAGGAAACCAGCUCAGCUCUCUCAAAAUAGAGCAGUUAUCUGGGGAGCAACAAACCAAAAGGCCCAGACAUGAUUCAGAGCAAAGGGUUUCUCUUCAGACGAUCGACCCUCUUGAUGAAGAUGUGGGGAAACAAACAGCCCACCCAGAAAUAGUGGAAGUGGAAUGGAGCUCUCCUGACGUGUUGUCCUUCUACAAUCUGACCAGCCAGCACCAGAGAAGAAAAAUAGUCACAAUACCAAUCACCUCCACUAAGCAGGACCUUACUCCUUUUGUUUACGUGGAAUUAGAGGAGUCAAGCUAUACUUCUGUAGACGCUUAUGGAGGUCCAUCUCUGUUUUCAAGGACUCAACGAGGGCAGCGCUGGAGGUGCUCUUGUGAGAAGGUUUAUCCUUGGAACCCAAAUUCAUACUUCUACAGAGCUGGCUUUGGUCACAUGGCUCAGCAGUCCACUUGUUCUUGUGGGGAGCAUAUUGGUGUCCAACGCGUCACAGAGGUGCUUUGUGAACUUCUCUAAUGAGCAGUCAUGGUGUUAUUUGUGGCUCACAUUAACAAAAAAAAACCCCACGCAAAUAAGUGCUUAGUCUUCAUUUCUAUAAUAAGGUUUAAAAAAAAAAUCUACCAGGGCUUCCCAGAAGUAUUACUUCAUCGUUGACCUGCUUUCAUUUCCUUAUGACUAAUAAGUGCAGCACUAUAAAUAUGACUGUGAUCAACUGUGCCUUGUAAUUGUGAGAGAGAAACAUAAAAUCAAUCUUUGUAGUUUUAGCCUUUGAAUUAAAAUGUAGUUUUCUUAUCAUGUCAUUAUUAACUAUCUUCACCUUUUUUUAAAGUUCAUUUUGUUAUUUUGAUUUCGGAUUUGCUUGGUUUUUUUUUUUCCUGUGUUCUGUCAGGCGUCCAGCUCAAGGUCUUGUUCGCCAUCUAGUGGUUUAAAGUGUCAUUGCAGCCUCGUAGUAGAGCUUCCGAGCAAUUCCAUGCAAUUGAGUGAGACCUGAAAUAAGCACUUGCUGACUUUUGUACCAUGCAUGCAUAGUGAACACUGGUUUAAAAUAAAAAAAGGAAAGCAA